AAGGAUGCAUGACUUUGUAGGGAGGUGAUGAUGUUAUAGCAAACGGGAAGGAAUCGAAAGGUUUGAAUUAAUCUUAUUUAUUGAACUGUUUUCUUUUUGUUGUUUUUUACACGCUGUAUCAGUUUAUUAACUAAAGAAACAUGCCGAGUGUUAAAGAUAGUAAUAUCGUGAAGAUCGCGGUGGAGAUGGACAGUCAAGUUCCUCAGCUGAUCGAAUUCGAUCAGAAAAGGCCUUUAGCGGCAAUUAUUCAGGAUCUGUGUACCGCAUGGGAAAAACCCGACUCGGAACAAUACGCUUUACAGUUUUCCGAUAACGCACAUAAUUAUAUUACAGAGAAAAAUCGAAACGAAAUAAAAAAUGGAAGUGUCUUGAGACUGACUUUUUCUCCGACUAAAACGGCACAGGAGAUCCUAGAAAAGUUAAACUAUGGUACAGUCGACGAGAAACGAUUAGCGCUUCAUAAACUCUCCAGGCUUUCAGCUGAUUAUACUUUUGCUUUAGAGUUUAUAAACAAACAAGGAUUGGCCCUUUUGGUUUCUAUGGUCGAAGGAGGUGGAUAUACGGGAGAACACUUGGCUUACACUCUUCAAUCUUUUGUGGAACUUAUGGACCACGGAAUCGUAUCCUGGGACAUUUUAGAACCGAAGUUUAUUGGAAGAGUUGCAAAUCAAGUUAAUAGUCAGAGUGCUGCUCAGGAAACCAGAUCGUUGCAAGCUUCCUUGGCUAUUUUGGAAUCUCUCGUGCUGAAUAGUUCGGGAAAAUAUCCACUUGUCGAGCAAGAAGUUACGCUUCCUAAUUUGAUCAUGCAUCUACAGUCGCCCAUUCCGGAAAUACAGCAGAAUGCGAUUGCAUUGAUUAAUGCGCUGUUUUUAAAAUCUGAAACUGCCAAAAGGAAAGGUAUUGCCGGAACACUUUCUUCCCGUCAUAUCAGGAAUGUUAUAUUGACUAAUAUUAUCCAAGUUCAACAUGUUGGUGCAGAAAUGGCUCAUCAGUUGUAUGUUUUGCAGACAUUACUAUUAAAUUUGCUAGAAGAGAGAAUGAACACCAAACUUGAUCCUCAAGAACCAGAAGCUAGAGAAAGAAUCUUAGAGUUGAGAAAAAUUGCUUUUGAUACCGAUAACGAUGCUACGAAUUCUGCAGGACGGAAAGGAGGCGGAUAUUCUAAAGAUUAUAAGAAACUUGGAUUUAAAAAUCAUGUUAAUCCAGCCGAAGAUUUUACAGAAAUACCUCCUGGAAUGUUGGCUCUUGAUAAUAUGAUUUAUUUUGCUCGCAACCACACAGAAAAUUAUACCAAAGUUGUUUUAGAAAAUUCUUGUAGGGCAGAUGAACACGAAUGUCCAUUUGGUCGAACUAGUAUUGAAUUAACAAAAUUACUUUGUGAUAUUUUGAAAAUAGGAGAACCACCAACAGAACAGGGCAAAAUAUUUUAUCCAAUGUUCUUUACACAUGAUCAUCCCUUUGAGGAAUUUUUCUGUAUAUGUAUUGUUCUGUUAAAUAAAACUUGGAAAGAAAUGAGAGCUACUACAGAAGAUUUUGGAAAAGUAAUUAGUGUUGUUAAAGAACAAAUAACAAGAGCAUUAAGUACAGAUCCACCACCAUUGACUUUAGAAAAGUUUAAAAGUAAAUUGGCAACUCUCACUUAUAGUGAAAUAACUAAUUUGUGGCAACAGGAACGAUCAAAUCGAGAAGAAUGGGAAUCACAGGCUCGCCCAAUUGUUGAAUUAAGGGAACAAAUUACUCCAGAAAUUAUGGAUCUCAUUCAGCAACAGAGAUUACGAUUUCUUUGUGAAGGAACUAUGUUCACCAAAUAUUCAAAUAAAGGUCAACGAAUUAAGGAUAAAUUUUGGUAUUGUAGAUUAUCACCAAAUCACAAAGUUUUUCAUUAUGGUGAUUGUGAUGAAAAUAUAAUACCAUCAUUAGAAGAACUUCCUCACAAGUUACAAGUUGUUGAAAUUAAAAAUUUAGUUACUGGAAAAGAAUGUCCUCACAUGAAGGAUGUAAAACGAACCAAAUCCACUCUUUCCUUAGCAUUUUCAUUGAUUCCAGAUUCAGAUCAAGAACCAUUGAAUUUUGUUGCAUCAAAUGAUAAAGGGUUUGAUUAUUGGACAGAUGGGAUUAAUGCUCUUCUUGGAAACAAAAUGGUUAGCAAAGAAACAAAGAAUGACUUAGAAACAUUGCUCAGCAUGGACAUUAAGUUGAGAUUAUUAGAUACUGAAGGAGUUGAUAUUCCAGAAAAUCCACCAGAAAUACCUAAAGAACCAUCUAAUUAUGAUUUUUGUUAUGAUUUUAAAUAAAUUUCUGAAUAUACUUUUUCAGAAUUUCUAUUUCAUAUAUCUGUAUGUAUGUGCUGUGGAGAAUCAUUCAACUUAAUUCAUAAUAACCUUGACUAAUAUAAGAUAGUAACGACAUUAAUUAACAGAUAAAUGUAUUGUAAAAAAUGUUUAAGAAGCAAAUGUAUUUUUCAUUACAUUGUAUUUUUAGCUUUUCUAAUUUGAAUUUUUAAAUGCGUUAUUUUUUAAGGUUACAUGACUUUGCCACACGUUUAUUCCGUUUGCUUGAAAAUGACUAAAUCAAGAAUCAAAAAUAUGUCUAAGCUUCUUGAUGAUAAAUAUUCAUUAUUUUUAUAAUGUUGUUAUUGUCUCACAUAUUAUUUAAGAUAGUUCUUGUCAUACCUUCUAAUGUAAUUUUUGUAUAAUUUAUGAAUGUAUUGUACUGUACAUG